CUUUAUGUUCAAUUUUUAUUAGGAAUGUUAAGUCAGCUGCACGUGUAGCUUGGGCAGUAAUGAACUAUACAGAACAUUCACUUUUGGUUGGAGAAAAAGCAACAAAAUUUGCCCAAUCUAUGGGGUUUAAACUUAAAUCAUUGUCAACUCCAGAAUCUAGAAAAAUGCAUGAACAAUGGCUUGUUGAUAAAUGUCAGCCAAAUUUUUGGAAGAAUGUUUUUCCUAACCCUAAAACAACUUGUGGUCCUUACAAACCAAAAUGGAAAUUUUCAAUUAAUUCAAAAAAGGAUCAAUUCCCCACAUUUAACAAAGACAAUCAUGAUACUAUCGGGAUGAUACUAGUUGAUGAAAAUGGAAAUGUGGCUGCUGGAACAUCUUCAAAUGGAGCAAGAAAUAAAAUACCCGGUCGUGUAGGUGAUUCGCCUAUUGUAGGGGCUGGGGCAUAUGUUGAUAAUUAUGUUGGUGGUGCUGCAGCUACUGGAGAUGGGGAUGUAAUGAUGAGAUUUGUGCCUAGGUAAAAAAUAGUAUUUACGGUACAUUCUUGCUGCGGUAUCGCUUAGGCAACUUCCCCACCCAGUGACCAACCAAAUUAGGUUU